UUUAAAAAUGGUGCAUUUCAAACGUCCGCCUGGCCCAUUGAAUGUCUGGAAUGUAGUUGACGGAUUUGAGGUGCUUGAGGAUGGAACAAAGAAACCUGUCAAGUUUUCCAUUCAAGAAGUCCCAAACACUCCCGAGCACAGACAAGAAGUCAUCAAUCUCCUGUGCGAUCAUUUUUUGGAUGACGAGGCAAUGUGCAGAUGUCUAAAAUUAAAAAAAGAUCCCGAUGGUGUGGACGACUUCAAAACUAUGUGGAACUAUGGAAUGGAUCAAGAAGUAACUGUUGGUUGUUACAAACUUGACUCAGAGGGAAAAAUAGGAGAACUUGUUGGAGUUAACGUGGUGUUUAUGGUGACGGAUGAAACGAGCAAUGACUUUGCCAAGUUUAAGGCUGCCUUCAAAAGUGAUAAUUUUUUGACAAUUUGGAAAUUUUUCGAAUCAUUGUUACAAAAAUGUGAUGUCAAGAAGAUAUACAAUGUAGACAAAUACAUCAGCUCCAUAUGCUUAUGUGUUAAUCCAACAUAUCGUGGUCAAAAGUUGGGAUUUUAUAUGCUUGAUGCAAGAAAGGAAAUGGCCAAAAAAUAUCAAUACACAGCUACGUGCACUAUGUUUACGGUACCAACGUCUCAGAAGCAGGCGAAACGUGCUGGGUUUGAAGACGGCAUCGUUAUCCACUAUAAUGAUGCUCUCGAUGACAAGGGGAAUCCAAUUUUUCCCAACAUCGAGUCAUCUUGCGUUAAGUUGAUGAUGAGGAGACUUCCUUGAUACAUUCGUCGUGACAGAUUUUUGUAUUUUCUGUGCUUUCAACACAAUGUUCAUACUCAAUAGACCGAUACGUAUUUUUUUCACCUUUAAGAACUUCUUUACGAGUAACCAAAUCAAGAAAAUAAUAACUUUUGGUGACUAUAA